CUGACAGAGUCUACCCAAAGCUGUAAGCUGCCCAAGUGAAAGUUUCAAGUUUCAAUCACAGAGGAGAGGAGGAAUACAGGAAAAGAGUUUAAAAAUGGCUGGGGUGGGGGAGCUGCAGCAGCAGCAGGGAGUUGUCAUGCCCAGAGUGAAACUGGGUACUCAAGGACUCGAGGUCUCCAAGUUGGGAUUUGGUUGUCUGGGGCUAACUGGAAUUCAUAACGAUCCUGUCCCUGAAGAAGUUGGCAUAUCAAUCAUCAAGCAUGCAUUUCACAGUGGGAUUACUUUCUUUGAUACCUCAGAUAUCUAUGGAGUUAAUACUAAUGAAGUAUUAGUUGGAAAGGCUUUGAAGCAGCUACCCCGGGAGAAGGUUCAAUUAGCUACUAAAUUUGGUGCUGUGAAAGUAGAUUCGAAUGGUAUCAUAGUAAAAGGUACUCCGGAAUAUGUCCGUUCCUGUUGUGAGGCAAGCCUGAAUCGCCUUGGCGUGGAAUAUAUUGAUCUUUAUUACCAACACAGGAUUGAUACAACAGUACCAAUAGAAGAUACUAUGGGUGAACUUAAGAAGUUGGUGGAGGAAGGAAAAAUCAAGUACAUUGGUUUAUCUGAGGCAAGCCCUGAAACCGUUAGGAGAGCUCAUGCAGUUCAUCCCAUUACCGCUUUGCAAAUGGAGUGGUCGCUCUGGACACGUGAUAUUGAGGAAGAAAUUGUCCCACUUUGCAGGGAACUAGGAAUUGGGAUAGUUCCAUACAGCCCUCUUGGUUGUGGACUUUUUGCUGGCAAAGCUGUGAUGGAAAGUAUACCUGCAAAUAGUUUAAUGCAAAUCCUUCCAAGGUUUCAAGGAGAGAACUUUGAAAAGAAUAAGAUCUUUUAUUCACGCAUAGAAAAAUUGGCUGAAAAGCAUGGAUGCACCCCUGCACAACUUGCACUUGCUUGGGAGUGAAGCUCACAAAAGAAGAUUUGAAGGAGAUUUCUGAUGCAGUGCCCUUAGAAGAUGUUGCAGGGCCUAGCGUACCAGAGAGUUUUUAUCGAGUGUCAUGGAAGUUUGCAAACACCCCACCGAAGGAUCCAAAGAUUUCAACGUAAGGCCAUUACAAAUGCAAGUACGUAUGCUGCAUGCAAAGCUUUCUAUUAUUGGGACUAAUGUAUGAAGCAACAACAAAGUUCGAGAAGCUUAUAUAUAAAUGCACAAUCCUUAAACUUGAUGUUUUUGCUAUGUUCUUAGAAAUGUUGUAUCACUUAUUGAUGUUAGAAAGGCUAUUGUUGGUUGUUGUCUUUUGAGUUACAUUAUGUUGGAAAGGAUGCAAAUCAGAAUUGCCCUGAUAUAUAUAAUGUAAAAGCAAAUAAACAUUUUCUUUAACU